AGUAUUUUUAACAACCUAGAGAAGUCAAAGCAGACUCAUUUCCAUUCACUUCCCUCAUCCAAGUCUCUCCCCUCCCUUCAUCUAAACCAACACUCAGAGAGAGAGAGAGAGGGCUUGAACGAAUUUAGGGUUUUUCUCCAUGAAAUUCAGCGAAUCGGUCUUUCUCAUUUCUUGAAACCGACUGAUUCUAUUUCUCCUUCUCAUUCUCCGGCGUCAGUUUCCAUGGCCGAUCACGUAGAGUCAUCACCUCUUAUAACUCCUCCGGCGAUCGCUGACCCUAGCGAGAUCGACCUGGAAGCCGGCCCUACAGACCAAUUUCAAUGCCGUAUUUGCUUGGAAAGUGACGGUAGAGAUUUCAUUGCACCAUGCAAGUGCAAAGGAACAUCAAAGUAUGUACAUCGGGAGUGCUUAGAUCAAUGGAGAGCUGUUCGGGAAGGAUUUGCGUUUGCUCAUUGCACAACUUGCAAGGCACCCUAUUAUUUGAGAGUUUAUGUUGCUGCUGACAGGAAAUGGCGAACUUUAAAAUUUCGAUUUUUUGUCACCAGGGAUAUUAUAUCUAUAUUUCUGACUGUUCAGCUUGUAAUUACUUUUCUGGCGUAUUUGGUGUAUUUGAUUGAUAGUUAUCAGCAAUCUUGGCUGCGUCUUGCUUGGGGUUUUGACAGUGUGCUUAGCUUCUACUACAUUUGUGGAGCACUUUUGUUUUUUGCUUUGCUUGGGCUUUCGGGUUGCUUUAUUACUUGUUACGAUCGUAGAGUGCGCAAUGAUCUGACACAGCCUUGUCGAGAGUUAUGUCUUUGUUGCUGCCAGCCAGGUGUGUGUGCAGACUGCCAUUUACCUGGCACUCUUUGUUUGUGGACUGACUGUACCACGUGCUUUGAAAGUUGUGGAAGUGCGGCUAGCGAAUGUGGUUGUUUAAGUGGCGCGGGUGAAGCUGGUCUGCCGUUAUUAUUUAUGAUGGCUUUGAUUAUGCUGGGAUUAUUUACUGUGAUAGGCAUAUUCUACAGUGUUUUGGUGGCUACUAUGGUUGGACAAAGAAUCUGGCAGCGACACUAUCACAUUCUUGCGAAAAGGAUGCUAACAAAAGAAUAUGUUGUUGAAGAUGUUGAUGGUGAGGUGACUGAGCCUGAUUGGUCUCCUCCGGCCCUCCCUGCCGAGCAUGUUCAGCAGCUAAAAGCGCUGGGCCUUCUAUAAUUCCAACCGUCUAUAUUUCAUAUUUCUUUCACAACAAUAACAUGCUGUAGAAAGGAACUGGCUUCCCAGCUUUGGCGAGUCGGUCCACGCCGCCGGGUGUGAAUUUUUAUAAUUACAAGAACGUAGAAGAAUAAUUGUCUGAUGCAGGUGUUAAACAUGAUCUAUGAGUUGUUCAUUGGCAUUCAUGUACUGUACAUUAAAACAAAUCUGUUAAAUAAUAUUUAAAGUGGGUUUAGGGUUUAAA